AUGGAAGCAAAGGAGCAGACAGCCCAGGAGCACGCACGGAACAUGGAGCGGCAGAUUCUGGAGUAUCAGCAGCAGCAGACACAGAUGAUGCUGCAGAUGCAGCAGCAGCAGAUGAUGCAGCAGCAGCGAGCACAGAUGAGUUGGCUGAUGAGCCAGACGGCUCUGUCUUCUCCACCGGGAAUCGUGGAGAUGUGCGUGCAUAUGUGUUGCGCCGGGUGCGAGAAGAAGAUCAGGAAGGCGGUGGAAAGGUUAGAAGGAGUGGACGAAGUGGAGAUCGACAUGGAGAUGCAGAAGGUGACGGUGAACGGGGACGUGGAGCAGAAGAAGGUGCUCAAGGCGGUGCGGAGGACGGGCAAGCGCGCCGUGCUGUGGCCGACGGCGCCGUACAUGGCCGCCGGCGUCGCGGGCGGCGCCGUCCAGCUCCUCGCGCAGCAUCAGCUCCAGCACCACCCGGGCGGGGCCGAGACGUACGAGGCGGGGCCCACAUCCUCCUACAACUACUACAAGCACGGCUACGACGACUCGCGCCUCUACGGCGCCAACUCGUCAGUCGUCGGCACCAGGGCCACGGAUUACUUCAGCGACGAGAACACGGGAGGCUGCUCCGUCAUGUGA